GUGGUUGAUCCUCAUUGAACUUUACAUUUGCAUCGGCAAUCUCUCCGGUCUGGUAUCACCAAAAUAUUACACCCGGAGGCCGGAGCCCGGAGAUUACAGCAUAGGUACACACAGGCGUAUCUCGAAGGUCAAUCAAUCCCAUCAGAGGAUCUACCGGUCGGGCAAUAACGUUGUAUUUUAAAGUAUUUUUAUAGUAAUAUACAUCACAAAGAGUUAGGAGGCUUGAAUACAUGGCUUGGAGCCGAUAACUCAUUAUUUUAAGAAAGGAAAAAGAAAGAGUUAGAAGCUGGUUAUUCGAAGCUCUCGUUUUAACCUAAAAGGACUCAGACACAAUUCUCUAAAGAUUCCUCAUUCAGUACUUAUAUUGAGUAUAAGUAGAGUAGAAAUGGGUACAUAGCCUGGUGCUGAUAAGGCUUAAGAAAAACAAAAAGUAAAUUAUAAAUUUUAAGUCAAAGGCACCGAGGAGAAGGAAUCUGUCAAACGUUUAGCCUUUCCAAAGAGAAUGGACAUGAACGAGAUUGCCGAUGAAGAGGAAAAUGAGAGGAAACUACUCGCCGACACGUCGGACGAGGAAAGCGAGGAUAUUGAGAAAAUUGACGAUGAGGUGUUGACAAGUGACUCCGAGGCUGAAGGAGUAAAAGUGGAGGACAAGGACAUGGAGGAUGAGGACAGUGAUGGUAACAGCGAUGAUGAAGAUGAAGCCAAUGAAGCCGAGGUUCGCCUUAUUGAAGCAAAGCUGGCAACUGACCCCUAUGAUUAUGAUACCCACAAGAAGCUUAUUGAAAAAUUGCAAUCCAUGGGAGAAUUGGAACGACUGAGGGCAGCAAGGGAGAGCAUGAGUCAAAAGUACCCCUUGACGACUGAAAUUUGGCUGUCGUGGCUCAGGGAUGAAAUAAAACUUGCCGAAACAUCAGAGGAAAAGAAGGCUGUCAUAGAACUGUGUGAACGAGCAGUUAACGACUACCUAUCUGUAGAAAUAUGGUUGGAAUAUCUACAGUUUAGUACAGGACUGGGCACAGAGAAAGAGACAACUGAGAAGAUAAGAAAUAUAUUUGAACGAGCUUUAACUGCAGCUGGUCUGCAUGUCACAAAAGGGGCUUUAAUUUGGGAUGUCUAUAGAGAAUUUGAAAACUUUAUGGCUCUCAUGAUGGAUAAGACAGACCCUGAAAAGAACACUCAAAUUAAUCGAAUUGGCAAACUAUACAAACGUCAGUUAGCAUGUCCUCUUUUUGGAAUGGAAAAAACAUUUGAAGAAUACGAAAUUUGGAGAUCUUUAGAAGGUAUGGAAUGCACUGAAGAUGACAAGAUUAUCAAAAGUGGCUAUGAAAGAGCUCUGGCACAGUUAAAUGAGCGCAUACCUUUUGAAGAAAAAAUCGAAUCUAUAGAAAAUAAGAAUGAAAGACUUGAUGCCUACAAAGCUUAUUUGACUCAUGAAAAGAAAAUUGGAGAUCCUGCACGUGUGGCCCUACUUUAUGAGAGGGCAAUAACAGAUAUAAGUCUUGAACCAACAUUAUGGACUGAUUAUAUACAUUACGUAGAAACAAACAUAAAAAUAGAUGAUAUUACAGAAAAGAUUUAUGUAAGAGCAAUGAGAAAUGUUCCUUGGUGUGCAAAAGUUUGGCAAAAUUGGAUUAGAUUUUAUGAAAAAAAGAAUAGUCCAUUAACAGAUGUACAGAAAUUAAUCGAAAGUGCUUUUGCAGUCGGCUUUUCUACAGCAGAAGAAUACAGAAAUGUUUGGAUGAGUUAUCUUGAAUAUUUACGUCGCAGAAUCGAUAAAUCUGAGGAUGAAAAGAAAAAUCUUGAGAUUCUUGAAAAUGCCUUCAACAGAGCUUGUGAUCAUCUUGCAUCGUUUGGCAUUGAAGGGGAUCCAAGCUGCGAAAUUUUGCAAUUCUGGGCAAGAACUGAAGCAAUCCAUGUGAAUGACAUGGAAAAAGCGCGCUCGUUAUGGUCAGAUAUUAUGUCUCAAGGCCACUCAGAAUCAGCAACUAGUUGGCUAGAAUAUAUUUCUUUAGAAAGAUGUUAUGGUGACACCAAACACUUACGUAAACUGUUUCAAAAAGCGUUAACAUCGGUCAAAGACUGGCCAGAAAGCAUUGCUAAUGCUUGGAUAAAUUUUGAACGCGAUGAAGGUACAUUAGAACAAAUGGAAAUCUGUGAAACUAAGGUAAAAGAGCGACUCGAGAAAGUUGCAGAAGAGAGGCAGAAAUCUCAACAAUAUUCCAAUGCACAUGAAGAAGUUCCUUCAAGCAAGAAAGCAGGAAAAAGAAAAAUUGAGGCUGAUGCAAAGUGGAAAAAAUUAGGUUCAUCUACAAAAAUAGCAAAAAUGGAUAAAUCACCAAAACCAAUAAUAAGAGAGAGUACUUUGAAAUUAGAUAAAAAGAAACCAACCAGUGAAAGUAAAAAUAAUUUGAAACCAAAAGUAGCUCCUCCUCCUGGUUAUGAGGAAUCAAAGGUAGCUCCACCUCCUGGUUAUGAAGAAGCCGAUGAAAAAAUGGAGGAAGACAUGAAUAAUUUACAAGAAGCAGAUCCCAACAUCACUGUAUUUGUUAGUAACUUGGACUAUACUGCAACUGAAGAGGAAGUUCGAGAAGCUCUCAAACCUAUUUGGCCCAUUAUCUCAUUCAGAAUGGUUAAGGAUUUCAAAGGGCGUAGUAAAGGGUUUUGUUACGUCUCAUUAAGCAGUGAGGAAGCAGUAAACGAAGCACUUAAACUUGACAGAACGCGUAUAAAUGGCAGACCAAUGUUUAUUUCAAGAUGCGAUCCUGAUAAAACGUCGAGAGGGCCAAUAUUUAAGUACAAGACUGAAUUAGAAAAGAAUAAACUAUUUGUUAAAGGCUUAUCUCCAACAACCACAAAAGAGGAUUUGGAAAAUAUCUUCAGAGUACACGGAAGUUUGAAGGACGUUCGAAUAGUAACUUACCGUAACGGUCAUUCAAAAGGUUUAGCGUACGUUGAAUUUGACGAUGAAAAUUGUGCUGCUAAAGCUUUAGUAGCUACAGACGGAAUGACUAUCGCAGAUAAAGUUAUAAACGUAGCAAUAAGUCAACCUCCUCAAAGGAAACAUCUUCCAGGUACAGAUGAAUCAAACACAGUUAAAUCUUUGGGUGGUUCUACAACGAGUAGGUCCCACUUCGGAAAUCCCAAAACAAUUCUAUCCAUGGUACCUCGAACAGUUAUAAAAAACGUUACUAAUAAUAAAAGUGCUGAGAUAUCCGGAAAUGGUGUCUUGCAGCCAUUGAGCAACGCAGAUUUUAGAAAUAUGCUUCUUAAGAAAUAAGGAAUGUACUGCAUAAGUUUUUUUUUUAGUCUAACAUUGGUAAGGAUAGCCUAAAAUCUUAAAAAAUCUGUUAAUAUGAAUAUAUAAUUAUUAUAUAAAAAUUGAGAAAAGAAAUCAAAACUAAAAUUCCUAAUGCAAUUGGAAUUGAAUUAGGAACGUUUUUUUACAAUUUAAUAAAAAAUAAAAAACAAGCAAAGUACAACAGUAUCAUACGAGAGCAAUUUUUUAGGAUUUUAAUGAAUCUUACAUCCAAAAUAAAUAUCGCAAAACAAUACCAUUAUUUUAAAGAGUUUGUAUGUAUGUACAUAUUAUAUCAACAUUUACGAACUACUUACACAAAAUGUCACGUAAACUCGAAACUACAAACUAUCUACGUGAUUGAAAUCUUAGAUUAUUAUUAAAGUAUGAAAUAAAGCGACUUUUGCUAAAAAA